AUGUCAAUUCUCUUUUUGACAGGUCAUCCUGGAAAAGUUAGUAUUAUGGCUACGGCUAUUUCGCCAUUUGCGUCAACGAAAGAGACUACCAACUAUGCAAGGCUAUGCCGCCUCCUGGUGGAUGUUGGAUCUCAGGUGCUUAGGUCCACUUUUGACACAAUACAUCCACCAGCGACUCUAUAUACAGUUUUGGGAAGUACCUCAGUGCAUUACGCCACAUUGCAAUCACUGUACAAAGGGAGGAAGAAAGUGCUGAAUCCCACGCAAUGGGGAAAGUUGUACCCUACUCACGCACCCGUGUCUUCUGCAGCCUUCGAUAUCACACUUCUAACGGUACUUCUUAGAAAUAUCUGUGGUUUGGGCCCUCCUGCCAAUGGAUGGGAUCGUCUUCCCCUAGCUACAAACAUAAGCAUCGCAGAUGACAUCGCCAGAGUAAAGUAUUACAGGAACACUGUAUACGGCCAUGCUUCUCAAGCCUCUGUGGAUGACAGUAGUUUCAGUGCUUACUGGCAGGAAGUAAGCGAAGCUUUGGUGAGACUCGGAGGAACUCAUUUUAGAGCUGAAAUCGACAACCUUGAGCACGACUGCAUGGAUCCAGAUAUCGAGGAGCACUAUCGUCAACUGAUGAAACAAUGGAAGAAAGACGACGACAGCAUCAAAGACAAGCUUGAAGAAAUUGAAAGUAAGUAAAACAUUAUCCACUGCCAAUGUGGAUGAAUCAGAAGGCUACAAAAGUAUAUAUUUCCAAUUAACACGGUAGUGUAGGUCAGCUCAUGAUGUUUUCAUCAUGGUCGGCACUAGUCGUAUAUUUGGAAGGUAUAUUUGCAUUGUGUGUAAAAUGAAGAAUUAACCCAAAUGUUGACACUAUGUUUUCAUUUGCAGUAUUUUUGUCUGUUCGUGGGUACUCGUGUACAACGGCUAGAGUGCAUUUGUUGAUUUCUAAGCGUCUUAUUGCGUUUGAUCUAUUCGGAAUCGACUAGAUAUUGAUAUACAUAUCAUUGUUUUAUCUGCACCUAACGUGAAGCUGUGAUAUAAAUUUGCUUAUGAAAAUGCGCAUACCUUUUGAAAUUUUCAGAUUCGCUGGAUAACACGAGAGACGCGAUUGACAAGAUAGAGAUCGAAGUGAAAGAGGUGAAAGAGAAGCUGAGUAGUCUGACGGCCUCAGCUGAAAAAAGGGCACAAGGUUAGUUGGUAGAGAGAGCUACUCACAGCAAAAAAAUUAUUAAGAGCGACACUGUUUCUUGGGUACAUAGCGCAGCUCAUGUGCAUGACGACGGUAAAUGCUGGAUGUCGGCCAACACAGCAUACUUUACUAGUCCAAGAGCACACCCUGAUCAAUACUGGCACUGGCUUUACACGAAGAUUCUAUGUAAUGUGUGGGAUGCUCGGAAUCUGAGAUUUUCUACCCUGGCUACCUCUCGGAUUUAAUGGUGUUUUGACAGCACUCAUACAUAUGUAUCAUCGUAGUCGGGAUAGUUUAUCGUCUUGUUUUAGUAACACCUUUCUUAUAAUGAACCUAACUUCCUAGUAGCGUUAGAUGUGACCCGCAUAUUUCGCAACGAAAUAACCAAAUCCUUCCUCCUAACGUAUUGGAGUAUUCAAUUCUACAUGGGAAAAUAGUUAAAUUAGGAUCGUCUUGAGUAAAAUAGGUUAGAAUAAGAUGUGUGGUUAUUUUACAUUUCCUGAGGAAAAGACUGUCGGCAAAACCUCCCACUUGAUCGCAGGCGGGUUUCUAGAUUUCUCCAGCUUUGAAUCACCGCGGUGUUGGGUAACUCAUGAUGUUUUCAUUUUGGACGGAACCAGUCACAUACUUGGAACGUUAUUCUAGCGUUAUGUGUGAAAAAUGAAGAAUUAACCCAAAUGUACACAUUGUUUUCAUGGGCAAUAUUUUUUCUGUUCGUGGGUACUCUUUUAUAACUGCUGGAGUGCAUUUUUGUAAUUUCUAAGCGUCUUAUUGAGUUUGAUCUAUUCGGAAUCGACUAGUUAUUGAUAUACGUUCCAUUGUUUUGUCUGCGCCUAAACGUGAAUCUGUGGUGUAAAUGUGCUUAUGAAAUUGCGCCUAUCUUUCUUAAAUUUCCAGAUUCUCGAGAAAAGAUGAGACACGACCUCAUAGACACAACUGAGAAGAUAGAGAUUAAAAUGAAGGAGAUUUUAGAUACGCUUAAUAGCCUGACGACCACAGUGGAAAAAAGCACAGAUGAAGGUUGGUUACUAGAAAGAGCUACUCACACAUAAACUGAACUAUCAACAGGGAUUCUGUUAACACAUCUUUUGAGCAUGACCACAUUAUUCGCGUGAUGUCAGACAAUUUAACAUCCUUUUAGGUAAUGUAUUGUUGUAAGAGCACAUCUUGGCUUUUAACCUGCUCUGGCUACAAAUGAAGAUACUUCGUAAUGUGUGGGAUGAAUGGGAUGGUAUGGAUGUGAGGCUACCUCUCGGUGUUGGAUGGUUUUCUGACAGCACUCAUACAUAUUUAGCCGUGAAGGUUAUUGUCUUAUACUAGUUUUACUUUUGUUGAGGAAAUAAGGAGAAAUGAGAGGGCAGAAAGGCGUUCUUUGGUUUUUAUUAAUUAGUUCUUACAAUGUCGCUUUUACUGACAAAAAUCUUUCUCAGACUAUCGGCUCCAAUGAUAUCAAUAUUUAUAUCUUGGGUUUCACUAUUAGAAACCGCUGAAGCUGGGCCAAAAGGUUUUUUAGAAUGUUGUAUAGAAUAAAAUGAAAACACAGAGGAAGGGAAAAGGAUCUAUUUAGUUAACUUUUAAUAAAUAAAGUGACUCUCACUCGGACUAAAAAUUUCCAAUGUUAUUCCACGAAAGGGCCUCUUGAGAAAAUGAGAAGCGAAAUGGCAAAGAUAAACAGUGAACUUAAAGAAGUGAAGGAAAAGCUGUGUACUUUGGCAACCCCUGUGGGAGAAAGUAAGAAUGAAGGUCAGUUGAAUUAUACAAUAAAAGUUAUCCUGCUUAACCGCAAAUUUAGCCGUAGUUAACAAUGUUCUGUAUGUAAAAGAGAGAUCAUCCUAUCUUAGAGAGAUUCAGUUUUUCAAUUUAAACAAUCUCUGGAAUAGUCUCUGUGGCGUGCUUUCAUUCCCUUCAAUUAUUUAAACUUUCACCCGUAAUUAGCCCAGAAACAUUACAUUUUUAUUAGAAGGGAGAACGAUAUAAAAAUAAAGUACAGUUUUAACGAAAAUAUUGGCAUUAAGGUCUGCUCCAUGUUAGAAAUUAACAGAGUAGGUUCGAUGGCAUUUAUAAGCUAAAUGGCCUUUGGUCAUUAAAUUAACAUGAAUCAUACAUUGAUACCUUUUCUUCAUUGUCCAAGUAAUUUCUUUGGCAAUGGUGUCGAACUCGUUCACUUAUUUAAAUUCAGUGCCGAAUACCUAGCAGCAUUAAAUGUGAUCCGCAUAUUUCUGAAUAAAACAACUAAACCCUUCCUUCGCACAUAUUGUGGAGUAUUCAAUUCUACAUGGGAAAAUAGUUGAAUGAGGAUCUUCUCGAGUAAAAUAGGUUAGAAUAAGAUGUAUGUGGUUAUUUUAUAUUUCCUGAGGAAAAGACUGUUGGCAAAAUCUUCCACUUCAUCGCAGGCGAGCCUCCAGUUUUCUGCAACAUUUGUGAUGAAACCGCGCGACAAAGAAGGCAGAAAGGCGUUGUUUCGUUUUCAUUUAUUAGUUCGUAGUCUCGCUAUAUCCCGAAAAAGCCUUGCUCAGACUAUGGCUCCAAUAAUAUGAAUAUCUAUCUCCCGUGUAAUUUAUUUUACAACAGAAAUUCACACACCGGUAAAGCCGAACAAACAGAGGAGGUUCAACUGAAUUUAUAAUCUAAAUGGCUUUUAAUCAGUAAGCAUGAAUCAUACACUAAAACCUUUUUGCGUAGUCCUAGUAAUUUCUUUGGCAACGGUAUCGUACUCAUUCGCAUAUUUAAAUUCAGUGCCGAAUACCAGAGAGGUAUCAUAAUUUUCAACACUGCAUUCAUUAGAUUUCUUACCUAUUUUGCUACUACUAGGUAUUUUUGAUCCAACUGAACUUAUCAAUGGAAUUCGCCAGCUGUACAAGACUCGUGAGGGAUGGCUCUCACCAUUUCCAUGGUGUGAAGAGUUUCAGUUUUUUCUUGGAAGUAUUUUUACAAGGCUCAAAGUGGUCAGAAGAAAGAAAACGAGAGGAGAAAUCACUGACGUAUUUGUUGACAUGUCGUCAAUACUAGAACCGUAUGAAGAGUGUUCAGCGCCGAGAACGGUGUUGAUUGAAGGAGAACCUGGUAUGGGAAAAACCACCUAUUGUAAAAAGUACGCCUACGACUGGGCCACAAAACAGCAAGCACCUCAGGUAUGCGGCUCAACGGCAUUUAAAGUGGUAUUGUUGCUGAAAUGUCGAGAUAUCCAUUCUGACGUUUGGGAAGCUAUUGAUGAUCAGCUUCUGCCCCGAGACAUCAAUGAAGAAGUCAAACAACAAUUCUUUCAGUUUAUUCGUGAAAAUCAGUCCAGCAUUUUAUUGAUAUUGGAUGGAUUGGAUGAGUUACCGUCCAGUAAAUUGUCGAUGUUUUCCGAAUUGAUUGAAGGAAGAGUACUCCCCAGAUGCCACAUAGUUGCAACAGCAAGACACGAAGUUGGAAAAGAGGUGAGAAAAUAUUGUGACGCGCUGCUUCAGAUUGAAGGAUUCACUGAAAAGCAUGCGAAAGGAUUUGUCACCAAGUACUUCAAAGAAAGGCCGGAUUUAGCCACCAAGCUCUCGGAACGGAUGUCGCGAGAUAAAAACCUGAGAGAAAUAGCGGCCAAUCCUCUAAACACAGCACUUCUUUGCCUUUUAUGCGAAGAGUUUGAGGGCACACUCCCCGAAAGCAGAGCUCAACUGUACUUGGAUAUUGUUGAAUGUGUUUUGAGAAGAUAUAGAAAAAAAAAGGGACUACUAGAAACGAUCGAAGACUUGACAAACUAUUACAAACCGCAAUUGAAUCACCUUGGAAAGGUAGCGUUGAAUGGUUUACUUGACGUUAAGCUGGAUUUUAAUGUAAGUGAAUUGAGAAACCAUGCAAAAGACCUGACUGAAUUUGGAUUUCUGUCAGUGCAGCCUGGUGGCAGCAAACUGAAACCAACACUGCAUUAUGCCUUCUUACAUAAAAGUUUUCAAGAAUUCUUUGCAGCAUUCUUCAUUUGUUCUCAGAUUCAAAGCAAGGAAAUGAAACCUGAAGAACUAGUUUCCGAUCCAAGGUAUUUCGUUCAACUUAAACAAAUACUUUUGUUUUCGUGUGGAAUUUUGGCCAUGAAAUGCGAUGAACAGGUUGUGGCUCUUGUAAAGAGAUUAACAAAUGAAGUCAACAAAAAUAAAGGCCGUGGUACAAAAAUUGUAUUGGAGGCCAUCAACGAAUGCAAAAGAGAAAAAAGUGAUUUUCACUCGCAUUUAUCGAAGUCGUUUGGAACUGAUUUGAAUCUAACCAAUUUGUAUUUGUCUAAUAAUGGUAUUAGUGAUGCGGGUGCUACAUGUAUUGCUGAGGCAAUGAAAGUGAACAAGGUGCUAACCAAUUUGGAUUUGACAAGUAAUCGUAUUAGUGAUGCGGGUGCUACAUGUAUUGCUGAGGCAAUGAAAGUGAACAAGACGCUAACCAAUUUGGAUUUGUCUAAUAAUGGUAUUAGUGAUGCGGGUGCUACAUGUAUUGCUGAGGCAAUGAAAGUGAACAAGACGCUAACCAAUUUGUAUUUGCGAAACAAUGGUAUUAGUGAUGCGGGUGCUACAUGUAUUGCUGAGGCAAUGAAAGUGAACAAGACGCUAACCAAUUUGUAUUUGUCUUAUAAUGGUAUUAGUGAUGCGGGUGCUACAUGUAUUGCUGAGGCAAUGAAAGUGAACAAGACGCUAACCAAUUUGAAUUUGUCUAAUAAUGGUAUUAGUGAUGCGGGUGCUACAUGUAUUGCUGAGGCAAUGAAAGUGAACAAGACGCUAACCAAUUUGUAUUUGCGAAACAAUGGUAUUAGUGAUGCGGGUGCUACAUGUAUUGCUGAGGCAAUGAAAGUGAACAAGGUGCUAACCAAUUUGGAUUUGACAAGUAAUCGUAUUAGUGAUGCGGGUGCUACAUGUAUUGCUGAGGCAAUGAAAGUGAACAAGACGCUAACCAAUUUGGAUUUGUCUAAUAAUGGUAUUAGUGAUGCGGGUGCUACAUGUAUUGCUGAGGCAAUGAAAGUGAACAAGACGCUAACCAAUUUGUAUUUGUCUUUUAAUGGUAUUAGUGAUGCGGGUGCUACAUGUAUUGCUGAGGCAAUGAAAGUGAACAAGACGCUAACCAAUUUGAAUUUGUCUAAUAAUGGUAUUAGUGAUGCGGGUGCUACAUGUAUUGCUGAGGCAAUGAAAGUGAACAAGACGCUAACCAAUUUGUAUUUGUCUUAUAAUGGUAUUAGUGAUGCGGGUGCUACAUGUAUUGCUGAGGCAAUGAAAGUGAACAAGACGCUAACCAAUUUGUAUUUGUCUUAUAAUGGUAUUAGUGAUGCGGGUGCUACAUGUAUUGCUGAGGCAAUGAAAGUGAACAAGACGCUAACCAAUUUGAAUUUGUCAAGUAAUCGUAUUAGUGAUGCGGGUGCUACAUGUAUUGCUGAGGCAAUGAAAGUGAACAAGGUGCUAACCAAUUUGGAUUUGUCUUAUAAUGGUAUUAGUGAUGCGGGUGCUACAUGUAUUGCUGAGGCAAUGAAAGUGAACAAGGUGCUAACCAAUUUGGAUUUGUCAAGUAAUCGUAUUAGUGAUGCGGGUGCUACAUGUAUUGCUGAGGCAAUGAAAGUGAACAAGACGCUAACCAAUUUGAAUUUGUCUAAUAAUGGUAUUAGUGCUGCGGGUGCUACAUGUCGCUAA